AUGUCUCCAACAUCAUUAUUAUUCAUUUUUUUUGUGAAUUAUGGAUAUUUGUUGUUUCGUUUCUUUCCCGUUGCUGCUGGCGGCCGGCGGGCGGCGGCCGCCGCGGCCCCGGGCGUCCGGCGGUCGUUUUUGCUGCGAUUUGCGCAACAACCGCCGAAAGAAACUGCUGCGCAGCAACUAAACAAUAAAAUUAAUGAAAUUGAGGAAACAGAGCCGACAGAGGGGCCCGGAGAGCCCUGGAUCGACCCGCUUCCCCCCGCCUACGAGUACCCCGCUGAGGACUACCUGGUGGUGCCGAACAGCCGCAGAUACUGCGAAGGCAGCAGCAUUUUGAAGGCCACUUCUGCAGCAAGCAACUUCGCAGCCGAAGAAGAUCCCCCAAACCGCGUGCGGCAGCCGAAGGCUCUCUUGUGCGCAGGCAACCCGACGGACUGGGCGAGAGAAGAAGGCGUGGCGACUUUUCUGCGGAAGGGUUUGGCUGCCGUUCAAAUAAAUCCAAAAAUUCGAAAAAAACGAAAAGAAAAAAAAGGAAAUGGAUCUGUCACCCAAGACGACCUUUUCGACUCCGUCCCGAGGGGCACUCUCGUGGUGGCGGAGUUGAAAGAGUUGAACUAA